GGAAGCCGUCCCGCCUUUCGAAAGAAACGCUCUUUUCUGUUUCGCGCCAGACAUCAGAACGCGAGCAUACCGUCCUUCUUCUUCGAUCGAGAUCUCUAAAACCCUACAAUUUCUCUUCCGCGGGCUACAAUUAUAUUUUCCAAUCUCGAGAUAACUAGAGAUCCGGGGCACGGCGAGCCCCAGAACGAUCUCGCCGGAGCUCCACACUCUUUUUCUCCAAUGCCGGCGAAAUCUGCACUCUAGAAUCCCUCGAUAGCUUCUCUUUCUUCUUCGCCUCCCAAGUGUCCUUUUUUUUUUUACCUGUUUUCCAAUCGAUUCUGGCGUUCGGGGAGAGCUCUCUGUCCGGUAAGAUUUUGGUCGGUCGGGAGGGAUUCUAGGCGACCCAGGCGCUCUGGAAUUUCUUUUCUCUGAAGAUUACAGUUAAUGUGGUAAGGAUUUGUUGGUUUCAUUGCGGUUGGCUUCGAGGCAUCUCCAGCUCCACGAAUGGGGGCGUCGAAGUGCACCGGCUGGCUGAUCGUGCUCGUGGCCGUGGCUCUCGUGGUCACCGCGGCGGUGGUCGCCAUUACGAAGAAGACCCAGCACCCCGAGGCGCUUCCCGUUCCCGGGCCGCCGGGGGCCAUCAAUCAGAAAUAUGCCGAAGCUCUCUCCGUAGCUCUGCAGUUCUUUCAAGUACAAAAAUCGGGUAAGUUGGUUAACAACAAGAUUCCUUGGAGAGGGGAUUCAGGUUUAGAUGAUGGGAAAGAAGAGAAGGUGGACCUGUCAAAAGGGAUGUAUGAUGCUGGCGAUCAUAUGAAGUUCGGCUUCCCAAUGGCUUUUACGGCGACGGUGUUGUCAUGGUCGAUUCUUGAGUAUGGAGAUCAAAUGAAAGCAGCGAAGCAGUUGGAUCCGGCUCUAGAUGCUCUGAAGUGGAUCACGGAUUAUUUGAUAAAUGCCCAUCCUUCUGAUGGUGUGCUUUAUGUUCAGGUGGGUGAUCCUGAUUUAGAUCACAAAUGUUGGGACAGGCCCGAAGAAAUGACCAAGAAAAGGCCUGUCACACAAAUUAACAAAAAAACUCCAGGAACAGAGGUGGCUGCUGAGACAGCUGCUGCUAUGGCUGCAGCUUCCAUUGUGUUCAAAACCAUCAAUACCACCUAUUCAGAUUCGCUUCUUCAGCAUGCCCAGCAGCUAUUUACUUUUGCUGAUACCUAUAGAGGUUCUUACAGUGUCAGCAUUCCCCAUGUCCAGAAAUUCUACAACUCUACAGGUUAUCUGGAUGAACUCUUGUGGGCAGCUAGUUGGCUUUAUCAUGCCACAGGAGAUCAGAUAUACCUCAGUUAUGUUACUGUUGAAAAUGGAAAUGCUUUUGCCAACUGGGGAAGACCAACAUGGUUCAGCUGGGAUGACAAACGUGCUGGAACACAGGUUCUGUUGUCUAGAGUACAUUUUUUUGGCUCAAAAGAUUCCUCAAAUGCGGAGCAGAAGGGUCUCCAGAUGUACAGGAAAACAGCUGAAGUUGUCAUGUGUGGCCUUCUACCAGAGUCCCCUACAGCCACUAAAAGUAGAACAGAUGAUGGAUUGGUAUGGAUAGACCAGUGGAACUCUCUUCAGCAUCCUGUUGCUGCAUCAUUCCUUGCUGUAGUUUAUAGUGAUUACAUGCUGACCUCCAGGACCGCAGAAGUGCAAUGCAACGGGGAGAGCUUUACACCCAUGGAUCUCCGCAAAUUUGCCAUAUCCCAGGCUGAUUAUGUAUUGGGCGAUAACCCGAUGGAGAUGAGCUACCUUGUGGGAUAUGGGAGUAGCUAUCCCCAACAGGUGCACCACAGGGGAGCAUCAAUUCCGGCGAAUGCCAACAGUGGCUGCAAGGGCUGGCAGUGGCUUUCAUCACCUGAUCCUAAUCCAAAUGUUGCCACUGGAGCACUUGUUGGUGGACCGUUUAAGAACGACUCCUAUAUCGACCUCCGAAAUAAUUCCAUGCAGGCUGAGCCUACCACCUACAGCAGUGCUUCUUUGGUGGCCUUGUUAUCUGGCCUGGUUACUACCUCAUCCGUUGCUCAAUCGUUCACCUGAUACAUUAUCCUUCUCGAACAUCUUCCUCCCUCUGCAAUAUAUGUGCAAUCCUAUAUAUUAUGAUGUCAUUUAGUGAAAUGUAUCGUUGCUGCAGCUACAAUGUACAUGGUGAGCAUCCUCAAGAAGUUGGUUUGGUUGUAAAAUUCUACUGCAUCCAUGGAUCAGGGUAGCAGCUGCAGAAGCAAUAUUAGGUGUACAUGUAUCAAGAUAAAAGAUUAUCAUGAAUAUUAUUUAUGCCUUUGUCCUGGAAA